AUGGUAUCAGAGCCAAUGAUGGAGGAAUCCUUCAAUACCAGCCAAACAACUCCUCCAAACCCAUCGCCAAACACCAUUCCUACACAGCCAAACACCAAUUCGUCAGGAGCUGUUUCUCACGACCCAACGCAGCCUACUAGUCCUUAUUAUAUUGGCAACAGUAAUGAUUUAGGUGCCAUGCUUGUCACACAUACCUUGGACUCCAACAACUACUAUUCUUGGGCCAGAUCUAUGAAAAGGGCUUUGUGGAUUAAGAACAAGCUCGGGUUUAUUGAUGGUACCAUCUAUGAACCUUCUGACCCCAAUGAUCCUCUAAUGGAUCAUUGGCUGAGCUGCAAUGACAUCGUGAUAACAUGGAUGCAGAACACAUUGGCAGUUGAUAUCAAGUCUAGCACUACAUAUGCAGAGACUGUGCAUUAG